GAUAUUGUGAUGAGGAAUUAUGGAAUGGUAUCUUUGAUCAAGUGCAAUCUUCAUAUCAACAUGUAGCAGUUGAAGAUAACAUACCAGUACAUGCCUUUAAAAGAGAAAUUAAGAACUGUUCAAAAUUUUGUUUAAUAAAGAGUGAACAAGAUGAAAUAUUUAUAGUGUCUGAUUUAUUCCAAUCUACAAAACUUUCAGCUAAUGUUGACUUUUGUAAUAUUGAAAAUGAUGAGGAGGCAGCUGGUCUUUUACUUUUGGAUGUUAGAUUUCAUGAUUCAAUAAAUACCAAAUUUGAAAUUGAUUGA